CAAGCACUUCGAGUGCAGAACGGGCCAAUGACUUGCCCCAGGAAUCAUCCGCUGGCCAACCUUGGCACAUCCAAGGACAAUGGCUGGGGGUGCGAUGGGAUGAAAGCCCCAGGAGGCUGCAGAAGUGGUUUGACAGGCUUCAAGCAGUCCUACGGUAUGUGCCGCUUUCAGUGCAAGACCUGCGAUUUCGACUUUUGCGAGGAGUGCUACCUGGAGCAGCUGAACAGUCGGCGCUGUGCCAAGGGCCACCCCUUGCUGGCGUUGGGCACCUCCAUGGACAACGGCUGGCUGUGCGACAGUGGGGAUGGCUGCAAGAGCAAAGCGCGAGGCUUCAAGAGCACCAAGGGCCUCCCGCGCUUCCGCUGUGAAGCCUGUGACUUUGACUACUGCGAGCGAUGCUACGCGAGCCCCAACCCCAAGAACUGCGACAAAGGCCACCCGCUUACAGCCUUGGGGGUCACCAGGGACAACGGAUGGGGUUGCGAUGGUCGUAGCGCCCCUGGCGGCUGCCAGCGAGCCAUGACAGGCUUCAAACAGUCGAAAGGGGUCCCCCGCUACCGCUGCGAGGUGUGUGACUUCGACCUGUGUGACAAGUGUUACGACGUGCGGGAAGUCAUAGAUGCAAAGCCAAAAAUGAGGAUGGAGCUCAAAAUGGAGUCCAUGAAAGUCGAUAAGACUCUCAUCCCAAGACAUUGGGAUGAGACAAUCAUGGGGGACAUCCACAUGGAGAAGGGGCUCUCUCCAACCGCAGACAAUGUGAUGAACAGGUUUGGGAAGAUUCAGCUGAGUGAGAAGGAGGUUACGGCCAUUCAGCAAAUCUUUGACGACACCUAUAAGAAGGUCUACACCAGAGACCGCAAGGGUAGCAAGGUUCCAGAUCGGCUUGAGGUGGUGCGUGCUGAGCGGAUCCAGAACCUGCAGAAUUGGGCGGAGUUCCGACUCAAGCAGCAGGAGAUCUUGGAGGAGCUCGUGCAGCUCAAGGAGCGCGAGCAGUUGGGCGCCUGCAGCAACGGCCAUGCGCUGAUCCCGCUGGGCACCACCCAGGACAAUGGCUGGGCCUGUGAUGCCAGGAACGAGGGCGAGGGCGGUUGUCUCAGCGGCAUCACAGGCUUCCAUCAGACCAAGGGCAAGAAUCGCUUCCGCUGUGAGAAAUGCGAUUUUGACUACUGCGACAAGUGCUAUCUUCUGCGAACGGGGGCGAAGCUAUGCAUGAAGGGACAUCCCUUGGUUCCACUGGGCACUACACAGGACAAUGGUUGGGGCUGUGACAAUGCAAGCACGAAAGCUGGCUGCUUGCGACAAAACAAGACCAAAGGGGUGGACCGUCAUCGAUGCGAGGUUUGUGACUAUGACCUGUGUGAUCUUUGCUACAAGAAGCACAUCGGACAUGUCAUCAAUAACUUGCGAACAGCUGGCACAAGCAUCAUGGACCUCAACAGCGGAGACGCCGAUGGGGACACCAACACUGUUUGGCUGUUUCAUGGCACAAGCGAUGAAGCGGCAGAGAAGAUCACGCGGGGCGACUUUCUGGUAGAUAAGGCCGGGUCUAACGCAGGCACGCUCUACGGCCGGGGCAUCUACUUGGCUGAGUCUUGCAGCAAGUCUGAUGAGUAUUCCACAGAGAACAGUGAUGGUCACCGGUGUAUUUUGCUUUGCCGGGCUGCGCUUGGGAAUGUUUUGUACAACGACGACGUCGCCCCGAACGUGGACUGCAUCGUCCGGCAAAUCCAUGACAAAAACUACCAUUCCUUGCUUGGCGACCGCGAGAAAUGUCGAAAGACAUUUCGCGAGUUUGUAGUAUACGAUGACGAUCAGGUCUAUCCUGAAUUUGCAGUGUGGUACAAGCGCGUCUAUGACGCCAAAUAGCAAGCUAACGAGCACCUGGGAUUGAGUGAGGCAGACCAUUAACGGACAUGAAAUUGUUGGUGCCAACACGGCUCACGUUUUGAUUAUGCGCUUUGACUCCCAGGGGCCCUGACUGAUCCAAAGGAUUGUCGGCGGGCAGCUAUCGCUUUUUGCAAUUCGCAGUGUGCCACACCACGAGGUGGACAAAGAAGCAUCGCGAAAUGCC